AUCACAUAUGCAGUUACGCACCAAAUCGAGGCACAGGGAGAGAGAGAGAGAGAAAGAGGGGGGAGAGAGAGAUAGAAAGCGCGUCACCAGCAGAGUUUCAUUUCUUGUAAGAAGUGAUUCUCUGAUUCCCCUUAGUAGGGAUCAGAGGGUCCUCUCAUUUCUUGAAUUCUUGGUUGGUUAACUACUGAAUACUGAACACAAGAUUCACACACAUAUACACACACGUAACAUAUAUUUACAUCUGCAAUGGGUUUCCACUUUUGAUGAGAGAACUCAAGAGGAACCAAAAAAGAGUUGGUGUCUGCGGAUUUCUGAAAGAAAUGGGUGUCUCGCAAAAUGAUGGUAGAAUGGAAGGAUGGUUGUAUCUCGUUCGUUCCAAUCGAAUUGGUUUGCAAUAUUCGCGAAAACGCUACUAUGUUCUUCAGGAUCACCAUCUCAAAAGCUUCAAAUCAAUACCCGUUUCAAAGGAGGAGGAUCCUAACAGGAGUGCAAUCAUAGAUUCCUGCAUUCGGGUGAUGGACAAUGGGAGAGAGAGCAUUCAGAGAAAAGUAUUUUUUAUUUUCACACUUUAUAAUACUUCUAAUCACAAUGAUCAAUUAAAGUUGGGAGCAAGCUGUCCUGAAGAAGCUGCAAGAUGGAUACAUUCCUUUCAGGAAGCAGCUUUAAAGGAGGACCUGGAUCCAGGAGAAGAUGCAGUGGGUUGUCACAAGAGUGAAGGGCGAUCUUUGAGGUUAAGCUGUUCCAGUAGGGCACAUCACAUAAAUUCCAUAGACUGGACUCUUUGUUCAUCCACACACACAGAUCCUACGACAUCUGAUGUUAUUGCACCUUCACCUUGGAUAAUUUUUGGUUGUCAGAAUGGCCUCCGGCUAUUCAAAGAGGCAAAGGAUAGGGAAUUUCAUGGGAAGUGGGAUGAUCAUCCUGCAAUAAUGGCCGUGGGUGUAGUUGAUGGAACUUCAGAGGCCAUUUUCCAAACAUUCAUGUCUCUUGGUCCUUCAAGAUCAGAAUGGGACUUCUGUUUUUACAAGGGUAGUGUCAUUGAGCACCUUGAUGGCCAUACUGAUAUCAUUCACAAGUUGUUAUAUGGCGAUUGGUUAUCCUGGGGGAUGAAACGAAGAGAUCUAUUGUUGCAGCGUUAUUGGAGAAGGGAGGACGAUGGGACAUAUGUUAUUCUCUACCAUUCUGUGUUUCACAAGAAGUGUCAACCUCAGAGGGGCUAUGUCCGUGCCUGCCUUAAAAGUGGAGGAUAUGUAAUAUCUCCCAUGAAUCAAGGGAAACAAUCAGUUGUAAAACACAUGCUUGCUAUUGACUGGAAAUUCUGGAAAUCUUAUCUAAAAACAUCUUCAGCCCGAUCUAUAACAAUCCGCAUGCUUGGAAGGGUAGCUGCAUUACGAGAGUUGUUUAGAGCAAAAAUAGGAGAUUACUCGUCCUCUGAUUUUUCAUCGGGUGAAGAAGAUACUAAGGUUGGUAUUCAGACAAGGGCAGAGAAUGGAAAGGGUAAAGAAGAUAAGGAGGAAGAAGAAAUGGUUAAAACACCUUCAGAAUAUGCAAGCCUUGUAGGACUGAAUGAUGCAGCGGAUGAGUUCUUUGACGUCUCAGAACCGCUGGAUUAUGACCAGUCAGAAAAUGGCUGGCCUUCUGAAUUUGGUCCAGAAAUGUACUCUCAGGAUAUCCGCCAACCCAGGUUGUCAACUGCUGCUGGUUUUGUGAAAAAAUUGCACGACCUUGCUGUUCAUAAGAGGGGUUAUGUGGAUAUACAAGAGAUGGGGAGGGAAGAUGGUGUUUCAUACGUCUUCGGAACCACUCUUCCAAAAGAUCCUACCUGUAAUUUGCUCUGCAGUUGGACAGCGGAAGAUCCCUCUACAUUUCUAAUUCGUGGAGAGAAGUAUCUAGAAGACCAUAAGAAGAUUAAGGCCAAAGGCACACUGAUGCAAAUGGUUGCUGCAGAUUGGCUGAGAUCUGACAAGCGAGAAGAUGAUCUUGCUGGUCGUCCUGGGAGCAUGGUUCAGAAAUAUGCAGCAAAGGGUGGCCCAGAAUACUUCUUUAUUGUAAACAUACAGGUCCCAGGUUCAACAACCUAUAGUCUUGCUCUAUAUUAUAUGAUGAAUACUCCUGUAGAAGAUGAACCCUUGCUAGAGAGCUUCAUCAAAGGAGAUGAUGCAUAUAGAAAUUCAAGAUUUAAGCUCAUACCAUACAUAUCUCAGGGAUCAUGGAUAGUCAAGCAGAGUGUUGGAAAGAAAGCAUGCCUGGUGGGUCAAGCACUUGAAAUUAAUUAUUUCCGCGGGAAGAACUACUUGGAGCUUGGGAUUAACAUUGGGUCAUCUACGGUUGCAAGAGGUGUGGUCAGCCUAGUGCUCGGCUACCUGAACAAUCUGGUCAUUGAAAUGGCGUUUCUAAUACAGUCUAACACACCAGAGGAACUCCCGGAGUAUCUCCUUGGGACCUGCCGCCUUAACCAUUUGGACACCUCCAAAGCAGUCCUGGUGAAACCUUGAUCUGCUCGAGUCCAGUUUUCUCUUCCUUUGAAGUUGGGGUUAUUGAGUAGAACCUAAAGGGUAGAUGAUGCCAAACUAAAAUGUUUGUUCUGCAAACCAGUUUGCCAAUAUCAUUCUUUCAUUCAAUCAAAUUCAAAUGGAUAGCAUUGUUUCGCGUCACGGUGAUUGUAAGGAAGGAUAGCCAAACCUCUGUAUAGAGACUCUCAACUAGAGUUCAUACUUACAGCAUUGAUUUGUAAAAAAUGUUCGCAGCGUUAUUUCGUGUUUUUUUUUUCUUUCUUUUUCUUUUUUGACAUAUCAUUUUGUCAUGAAUAUGAACUACUGUACAUGAUAAUGAGCAUAUACACUUGCACAUGAAUCUUGGGUA